UCUCUUUCUAAUAUAUGCAAUGGCUGGAGAGAUAGUCUAUGCUGACAUCAAAACUGUUAGAGCUUCCCCUUUGGAACAUUCAUCUCCACUGCAGAGAUCUGAUUCUCACCAUCGUGGAAUUUUCUUGAAAGUUGGAUGUGCAAUGAUUAUCAUUCUCCUUGUGAUAGCAAUUGUGCUGAGCAUUUUCAUUAUCCAGCUCAAAUCUGCAAGACAUACUAAAGUGGAUAAUGAAUCAAAAGAGAAAUACUGUACUGGGAAAAAUAAAUCUGGAACAAUCACGUCAAUAGUUUCUUCUAACUCUCCUACUGCUCAUAAAUCAUGCCUCUCCAAAGACUGGAAGCUACAUGGGGGGAAAUGUUACUGGGUUGCUGAAAAUAAGAAAUCUUGGGGUGGAAGUAAAAAUGACUGUGCUAUGAAAAAUUCACAUCUUAUGGUGAUUCAAGACUUCACUGAUAUGAGUUUCCUAUGGCUGCACCUAAAUAUUUCAGCCAUUUAUUGGAUUGGCUUGAGUAGUUCCCCUGGAGGGAAAUCAUGGACCUGGGUGGACAACAACUCUUUUGACGUCCGUCUGUUUUCAAUAAAAGAACAGCAACCACGGACCCGGAGCAUGAAAUGUGCCCAGGUGUCUAGUAAUAUGAUAGCCGAACAAAAUUGUGAGGCCAAUAAUCAAUGGAUUUGUCAACUGUAAUCCAUUCUGCAGAAAAUCAGUCUCCACUUUCCUGUGAAAGACACUACAUGAAGUUUGAGCCCAGAUCAUAGGAAAGUCCAGAGGGUUGUGUGUGUUCCAGAGGGCUGUGUGUGCCUGUGUGUGUGUUCAUUUAUGAUUGGUGUGAAUAUAGCACUAUUUCUCAGAGAUGUGAGAAAGGUACUAGAGAAAAGAAAAUGUUAUAUAAAUGAGUAGAUAUGAUGAAUAUAUUUUUUCAUCUGAAUUAUCAAUGCAGUUAUUCAAUCAGGAGUCUCAUUUUCCCGGUAUUUUUGGAACCUCAGUCUUUAUCUUCUCUGCAUCUUUCCUCUACAAUAUUCUUAGCUAAUCUUUUACGUUCUCAGUUUCCAUUACCAUGUACAAAGCAAUGCAUAUCAAAUUUAUAUCUCUAGCCCAGAUCACCAGACCCAUAUACCAUACUGCCUUUUUAACACAUCAAAUCUAAAAUCUCAAAGGUGCUUCAAACUCAACAUAUAAAAACAGUUCAUUAACUUUCCUCACAAAAGAAACCAUCUUCCAAUACUCCAUAUCUCAAUAAAUAGCAUGCCAUACAAGAAAAUUAUGCAAUCUAUAAGCCAGCUGCCAUCUUGUCUUUACCCUCUCUAACACCCCUCAAGGCUGCUCUCCACUCUCCUUCUCACAUCACCAGGUCUUGUUAUCUUUAACUAAAUCUCUUUCAAAUUUAUCCUCUUCUCUCCAUCACCACUUUCAUGAUCUUAAUACAAAGUAAUAAAAUAUUAAAUAGUUGCAGUAACAAGGUCUUCCUGUUCACUCUUACUCCGUGUCAAUCAUUUUCUGCCCUAAAAACUGUUGAUAUUUUUAAAAUGUAUAGUGACAAUUUAUUUUGAGGAAGAUUAACC